CUUGCCUCUCAUUCCUUUGUUCCACAUUCACUUCCCUCAGUUUAAAAGCUCAGUGUUUCCCAUUACUGGUCGCUGGUUCCUCCCAUUCACUACCCUCUUGUGUUUUCUGCUGGCUUUAUGUUUCCUCGUGGGAGAACUCAGAUAAAAUGAGUACAACCAGCACGCCUGUGUCCCGGGUCCGUCCAGGAUGGAACUCUUCCUCUUUAAACAAGAACUGUCUGUCCCCGGCAGCCUGCAGCACUCCGCUGCUGGCAGCCUUCCCUGGCAAUGAUGAUGAGCAGGAACGUCGUCAGCGCAGGAGAUCGAGAGUCAUCGACCUUCAAGCUGCCAACGAUUCUUCCUUUACGGACUCUGCUUCUCACAGUGCUGUGGGGACUCCUGCUGCUGUACCCAAGCUGUCGAAUGCUCAGAUCUCAGAGCAUUACUCCACCUGCAUAAAACUUUCAACUGAGAAUAAAAUCACAACCAAAAAUGCUUUUGGUCUGCAUCUGAUUGAUUACAUGGCUGAUAUUCUAAAACAGAAGGAUUCUGAGAUCACUAACUUCAAGGUGGCAGCUGGUACUUUGGAUGCCAGUACAAAGAUCUAUGCUGUGAGAGUGGAUGCUGUCCAUGCUGAUGCCUACAGAGUGUUGGGCGGUCUUGGGGCUGAGACAAAACCUGGAGAGAACCACUGUCUGAAGGACAGGGAUAAUGAGGAGGCAUCGGGAGGGGACAUGACCGCCAAGCAGCCAAAGAAAAAGAGGCCUCCUAAAAAGACGGUGGAGCAGAACCUGAGCAACAUCAAUAGUACAGAGUCUGAGAGGAGGUGUGAGGUGGACCCAAUGUUUCAGCGGAUGGCCUCAUCCUUUGAUGAGAGCAGCACAGCAGGAGUCUUUCUGUCUGUUCUGUUCAGUGAGAACAGUCGCUGUGAGCUGCUGUUUCCCUCUCAAAUGAUCCUCCUGCAGUCCAGACCCUCUCACUCUCCACCAUCUCCUCAGAGAGUCUCUGUAUCACCAUUCAAGGCUGGACUACAACGUUCCCAGCAGAAAAGCUGCAUCUGCCCCUCAUUGCAGGACUUCUCAUUCACAAGCUGGAACCCUGAGCAGACCACGAAUCAGCUCCUGGAGAAGAUGAAGCAGGGCGAGCACGUGUUCGAUGUGAAUGCUGAGCCGGAGCCAGAAGAAGACGACUGUCCUGACUUUGAUGCUGAUUAUGAGGAGGGAUUUGCUGACGGUGAGGAAGGAUCAAAGGAGCACAAGGAGGGUUGUGAGACCAUCGGUUCUGGCAAAGGAAGAGACGUGAUUCCCAUUGGAGAAGGAGACAUCGCCACCAUGUGUCUGCAGCUUUCCUCUCAGCCCAGAGAAUAUUCUUACUUCAGCCCCAGGACCAUGGCCACAUGGGCCGGCCCCGGAUACUGGCAGUUCAAACCUAAACAUAAGUUGGAUCAUGUUCCUGACAAAGAGCCACGAAAAAGGAAGCCCAAGAAGAUAUUUGAAAUAGACUUCAGCGUAGAUGUCAAUUUUGACACAUACUUCCGCACCACAAGGGCAGCCACAACUAACAGCAAGUCUGCCCUCAGUGCCAGCAACAAGAAGACAACCCUACCUGCAGAUUUCAAGUUUGCCCCAGAGAAGCUUUCCCAGCUCAACCUCAAACCCUCCAGCUCGUUGAGCCAAGAGGCCCAAAAGAGGCUGUCUGGUGAGCUUGGAGAAGGCAUCGGUGAUUAUGACUACAACAACGCCAACGAUACAGCCAAUUUCUGUCCAGGUCUUCAGGGCGGUGACAGUGAUGAAGAUGUUGAAGGCUUUGCUGGUUCAGGUGACAGUAUGCCUCCACCUUCACAAGACCUCGAGGAGGUGUCCACAUACGGGGAGGAAGAUCUAGUACCUGAGCCGCACAGGGUGAACAAAAUUGAAAUCAACUAUGCCAAGACAGCAAAGAAAAUGGACAUGAAGAGGCUGAAGAACAGCAUGUGGACUCUUUUGACUGAAAGCCCAGAAAAAACAAAAAAGCAGGUGGAGGUGACUGCAGAGAGUCCAGUGUGUGGAGAGAAAGCCUUCAGUCAAACCACAAAAACUCUGCUUCAAAGAUUACCAAGCACUAUGGCUCAGAACCUGUCAGUACCGUUGGCGUUUGUUGCCCUACUUCAUCUUGCUAAUGAAAAGAAUCUGGAGCUGGUGAAGCUUGAUGACAUGUCAGAUAUCAUAAUCAGACAAGGCCAGUGAGCUGACCAGAACAACUGAGGAUUUAAUUGAAGAUUUGGAUUUUCAUUACCAUUCUCUACACUUUCUACAGCCUUGCUUUUCAUAUCUGAUGUUUAUCUAUUUUAAACAUGUUUUUAAGUCUCUUUUCUAGUCUUUAUGUAACAGAUUUCACCAAAGAAGAAUCUGCUAUUAUUCCUUCUAAUAGCAGAACUUCUUCAACUCUUUACUUUCUCCAUUUAUGUGUGUAGAUAAUUAUAACUGCACAAAAAUCCAUUAUCAAAAGAAAUAAAAUGUUUUUUUCAUAAA